GCAUUGUUAGGAAAAAUUAAUGCAACUUGAUAAAAAGUUGAUUGCACUACCGAGCGGUUGAUAAUAAAAUAAGUUCAACAAUAACACCAGUCACUUGUUCGCAGCCUGAUCGUUAACAUGAUUCCUAGUGCAGUGUUUACAAGAAAAUUUAAUUUGCAACACGCAAAGAAUUAUGUUAACAUCAUCCGCAACAUUUCUGCAGCUUCUUCAAAGUUUGAUUUACCUCUCCGGUACCAAGGAAACGACAAAUCUGUCUGGGUCGAUUACAUUAACUUGGACCAAAAAUACAAACCUCUGAAUCUUGGACAAGGAUUUCCAGAUUUUUUUGCACCGACUCAUGUUACUGAUGCGCUCGCUACUGCGACUAAGAGCAAUGAUCCGCUUCUUAAUCAAUACACAAGAUCAUUUGGACAUCCAAGAUUAGUCAACAUCCUAGGAAAGUUGUAUUCUCAGGUUUUGAACAGACAUAUAGACCCGUUUAGUGAAGUUCUGGUAACUGUUGGAGCUUAUGAAGCUGUCUAUGCAGCCCUGCAAGGUCAUACUGACGUCGGGGAUGAAUGGGUGGUCAUAGAACCUUUCUUUGACUGCUAUGAAUCUCUUGUUAAAAUUUCUGGUGGUGUACCCAGAUUUGUUCCUCUAAAACCGAAAAAAACAUCCGGAAUAAUCAGUUCAUCAGAUUGGGUAUUUGACAAAGAAGAAAUGGCCAGUCUUUUCAAUCAAAAGACAAAAGGAAUUAUAUUAAAUACCCCGAUGAAUCCACUGGGAAAAGUUUUUACCCAAGACGAGCUUGAGUUUAUCGCUGAUUUAGCAAAAAAAUGGAACGCUAUUGUUAUAUCAGAUGAAGUAUAUGAAUGGAUGGUUUAUGAGAACGCUAAGCACAUUAGAAUUGCAAGUCUACCGGGUAUGUAUGACCGUACAAUAACCAUCGGAUCAGCUGGUAAAACUUUCAGCAUAACUGGAUGGAAGCUCGGCUGGGCAUACGGCCCAGAAAAAUUGCUCCACAAUCUUAAAGUCGUCCACCAAAACUGCGUUUACACCUGUGCGACACCUCUCCAAGAGGCAGUAGCAGUCGGAUUUGAACAAGAGCUCGAAAGAUUUGGUCAACCUAACAGCUACUUCAACACACUAUCCCAAGAAUUGCUCCCUAAGCGUGACUUUAUGGCCAAAUUUCUUUCAGACAUAGGAAUGUCACCUUCAGUUCCUGAUGGCGGGUUCUUCAUGAUCGCUAACUGGGAAGCUUUAGCAGAUCAAGUGCCGCUGCACGAAGAGCCUGACGAGUUCCGCGACUAUAGAUUCACCAAGUGGAUGACUAAGCAUGUAGGUAUCCAAGGAAUACCUCCUUCAACUUUCUACUGUCCUGAACACAAACACUUGGGAGAAGACCUCGUUCGUUUUUGCUUUAUUAAAAAGGACGAAAAUCUUCAAAAAGCUGCGGAUAUUUUAUACAAAUGGAAUUCUUCGUAUUUACGACAAAAAUCAGCUGGCGCUUGAAGUUUUAUUACUAUUAUAAUUAUUAUUGUUGUUUUUAAUUAAUCAUUUUCAAUACGUAGUUGUUAAGUCUCCUCUUUAGUUGAUAAAAAAAAAUCUCCAACAC